AUGAUGUCUGGUGUUAAAUUAGAAGUCCUUUGGUCACCUGUACACCAUGAUAAAUUUAUAUUAUGGGGUCCAGACAUAACCUUAUACGAAGUUUCUCGGAUAAAGGAAAUUGAGAAAAAAACAACAUUCACUCCAGUAUCAUCAACCAGGGGUGCAACAGUGCUAGCAUCACAGAGUGCGAGUGGUGUCCGCUGUGUAGACAUUAGUGCCAUCCCUGAGCAGCCAGAGCCUCUGCUGGCACUCGGCUAUGCUAAUGGAAGGGUGGCACUCACCACAUUGAAGCAGACUUACGAUCCCUUAGGGUUAGUUGGCAGAGAGUUCAGUCCUCGCUACCCUCGACUUUGUAACUCAGUGUCAUGGAGUCAUAUGGAAACCAACAUGCUGGCAGUGGCCAUGGAGAAAAACCGCAGCGACCACUGCAUCCUGAUAUGGGAUGUGUACCGAGGGUCCAUACUCUCAGAGGAGGCUAAGGUAACUGAUGCUGCAUCAUCAUCAUCAGUCACAGAGGCACCCCGGCCGCUGGCUGAGAUGGGGCUUUCAGAGACAGCUCACUGUGUCACCUGGGCCAACUUUUCCAAUAGAACUCUUAUAGCAUCCAUGAACCUUAAAUAUAUCAAGAUAUUUGAUCUCAGAGACUUGUCGAGCAAGGCAGUGAAUAUGACGACUACGCGGUAUUGUUACGGAGUGUCGGCGGAGCCCUGCGGCGGGUAUCAGAUCGCGUCCCGCGGUGAAGGCGUCGCGUGCGUGUGGGACGCGCGCGCCCUGCAGCGCCCCCUGCUCACCCUGCAGCACCCGCGCCCUCUGGCGCAGCUGCAGUGGUGCCCCACCAGACGUAACUUGCUGGUGUCGCUGCAGCGCGACUCCAGCGCGCUCCGCGUCUACGACAUACAGCAGGCCACCAGCGACAACAAGGUCAAUAUGUCUGAUAGCGCGCUGGUUGGUCAGGCAGUGGAGGCGGAGCUGGAGGAGCAGAGCACCCCGGGCCCCAGUGUCAUCGAGCGCGACGUGACGGUGGGCUCCGCCCCGGCCGCGCCGCUCGUGGCCUUCAGCUGGCACCCAGCGCACGAGGCACGUCUGCUGGCUGUGUGCGCCACCGGGGCCCUGGUCGACUACACCGUGUGCGAGAGGGUCACUGUGUCCUGGGGCGGCGAGGGCUCGCUCGUGUGGACAGGCGGGGGCGGAGCCCUGCGUCUGAUGCGGGACGACUUCUACGCCGCUAUUAAAGAUAUCUCGUAUGUGAUGAAGAGGAGAGCUCAGACCGACUAUGGACUUAAGCCAGAUUUAUGGCAGAACGCAGACUUGGCAGAUGAUGAUGCACUGAGUGGUCUGUGGCACUUCCUGGCGCUGAGCAAGUCCCUGGUGGAGGACGGGUGCAUCCGCAACAGUCCGUGGAAGCACCCCGGCGUGCGCACCGUGCUGCGCUCCGUGGGGGACGGCGGGUACCGCUCCGAGAUCGUGCCGUCCUUGCUGCCCGACCUGCCCAACCGCCGCGUCACCAUGUACAGGAGUGCGGAGCGCACGCGCGCGCUGCAGCUGUGCGGUUGGGGCUGGGGCUGGGAGAACGCGCUGGCCGGCGUGGAGCGCGCCGAGGCCGAGGGCACGCCGUGCCGCGCGGCGGCGCUGGCCGCCUUCCAGCUGCGCGUGCGCACGGCGCUGGACGUGCUGGCGCGCGCGCAGUCGCCGCUGCUGCGCGUGGUGGCGCUGGCGCUGGCCGGCCUGAGUGACGAGCGUCUGUGGCGGGAGGCGCUGGGGACGGCGGCGGCGGCGCUGCCGGACCCGUACCUGCGGGCGUUGCUGCGGUUCCUGGCCGCGUCCGCGCCCGCGCACCCGCACCACCACCCGCCGCCCCCGCACCAACCCGACUUCGCCGCCGUGCUGAACGAGACGGAGAUGCGGCUGGAGGACCGCGUGGCGUUCGCGUGCAUGUUCCUGUCGGACGGCGCGCUGCACGAGUACGUGGCGGCCACGAGCGCGGCGCUGGCGGCGCGCGGCGAGCUGGGCGGCGUGCUGCUGACGGGCGCCAGCCUGGACGCGCUGCCGCUGCUGCAGCGCUGGCUCGAGGCCACGGGCGACGUGCAGUCCGUGGCGCUGGUCGCCGCCAGGUGCUUCACGCCCGACCUGCUCAAGGACCCGCGCACUACUAACUGGCUCGACAGCUACCGCAGCGUGCUGGACAGCUGGCAGCUGUGGUGGGCGCGCUGUGCGCUGGACACGUGGGUGUGUGGCGCCCCCGCCGCCGACUGGGCGCCCGCCGCGCCCGCCGACUGGCGCCCAGUCGGCGGGCGCGGCGGGCGGUAUGUAACCGUGUCCCUUGGUGCGCAGCUACCGCAGCGUGCUGGACAGCUGGCAGCUGUGGUGGGCGCGCUGUGCGCUGGACACGUGGGUGUGUGGCGCCCCCGCCGCCGACUGGGCGCCCGCCGCGCCCGCCGACUGGGCGCCGGGCGCCGGGCCCGUGCCGCGCGCCGUCUGCGUGGCGUGCACGUACUGCGGCAAGUCCGUGGCCGCGCCGCCGGGCCACGCGCGCCCGCGCGCCGCCUUCACGCGCCUCCCGCCGCCCGCCGCCAAGAUGAAGCAAAUCUCGUCGUGUCCGAACUGCCGCAAGCCGCUGCCCCGCUGCGGCGUGUGCUCGCUGCACGUGGGCACGGGCGCGGGGGGCGGCGGCGGGGGCGCGGGCGCGGCGGGGGCGGGGGCCGCCUUCGGCUCGUGGUUCAGUUGGUGCGUCGCCUGCAGGCACGGCGGACAUGCGCAACAUCUCAUCAACUGGUUCAAGGAGCACACGGAGUGCCCGGUCAGUUCGUGCAACUGUCACUGCGCCACGCUGGACCCGCCCGACAGGCACUAGUCACUGCUAACUAUACCUUAUGUCUAUACGAGUUAGAACUACUUCAGUUUAUGUGGUAA